AUUCCCGGGGAAGUCCGUUACUACCCGCAUACUCUCAAUUCUCUAGCUUCCUAUAAAACUCCCAGCCGGACGAUGGAAGUCUUCAGAACGUUUAGUUCGGGAGUUGAGCCACAUUCAACAAUGCAGCCAAAUCCUGUGCUGUGGAUUUUUUUGAGCAUCGCUGGAGCUUUUCCUUCCCGGGAGAAUCUUCAUCACUUCAUGAAUUCCAAUGAAUUGGGAUACUAUUUUGAAACUGAUUCCCCGAAUUCUGUGCCUGACUACGAGAUCCUCCCUCUGGUGAUUGCCGAAAGGAGUGCUUUCGGGGACGCUGGCCAGAGGAAUCUUCAUGUGAAUUUUUCUGCCUUCAAUCAACCCAUUUCUCUGCAACUUUUGCCCAAUCGUCAGCUGGUUUCACCUCAAAUGCGUGCUGUUGAGAUUGAUCAGGAUGGGAUUGCUGUGGAAAUUCCUCCUGAUGAUCGGGAGUGUCACUUUCUAUCUUCUGGAGACAUUCUCGCAGCUGUCAGUAUCUGUGAUGCUGAUGAGGAAGAAGCCAUGAAUGGGAUAGUUAUCCUGGGUGAGGAUGCCCUAGAGAUUCGACCAUUAAAUACCCGUCUUCGUCAACUCCUGACCGUUCAGGAAGCUCUAGUGGAUACACCUACUCCACACCAUGGAAUUCCUCACCUUAUUCGUCGUUCUGCUCAUCUUCCUGCUCCCCUGAAUGAAGAUUAUUCUAUGAGAAAUGAUCUGGAGCUUCUAGAUGACGACAAAACGUCUUCCUGGACCUCUAAAUUGGGUUUCCGUGAUAUGAAGAGCACCAUAGAGCUGGGCGUAUUUUUCGAUGAGGCUGCUUAUCGAAUCUUUGGCCCAUUCUUCCGGCAUGACAUGCAGAAAUUGAGAAAUAUGAUCCUGGCCUAUCUAAAUGGCGUCCAGGCGCUCUAUCAUCAUCCCACCCUCAGUGAAGAAGUCGAAAUUGUCGUUGUCUACAUGGAGAUAAUGCGUCAACAACCACGGGAUAUGCCACACUAUGAUGGUGAACGAAAUGCCCUCCUCGACAGUUUCUGUGCCUAUCAGAAACGCCUGAAUUCAGCUUCAGACACCGAUCCUGAGCACUGGGACAUGGCAGUGUACAUCUCAGGGUUGGAUUUCUUCGCAUGGGAGCAUGGGAAGCGCAAUGGGGUAACAAUGGGGCUAGCCACAGUGGGUGGUGUCUGCAUACCCGACUACAAUUGCGUCGUGGCUGAAUUUGGAACGACAAAUUCCUUUGGGAAACCCUACCCAUCCACGGGAUUUACAUCAGUCUUCAUCCUAGCCCAUGAGAUUGGUCACAAUUUAGGGAUGCAUCACGAUGGAACUGGGAAUCCUUGCCCAAAAGAUGGGUACGUCAUGUCACCAUCUCGAGGAGUUGAUGGUGAAACAACUUGGUCAACGUGCAGUGCUGAUGUUGUUCGAUCCCUCAGGCGUUUUGCCACCUGUUUAACAGAUAAACCUGACUCAGUGGCCACAGAUCGGGAUGCAUGGAUUUUUGGAGGAGUCCCCGGACGCACAUGGACAGCACGGAAGCAAUGUCAACUCCUGCUACUCGAUCAGGAUGCUCUAGCCACGGAAUCUUCCGGUAUGUGUCGCAAUCUUCACUGUCGUACUCCACAUAGGAGUGGAUUUUACUUUGCUGGACCUGCCCUGGAGGGAACAGAGUGUGAACGUGGGAAAUCCUGCCAAGGUGGGGAGUGUCUUCAGGCAAAGAAUACCCCAGCACGUCCACAGAAACCCAUCAGGGAGGGUGGAUGGAGUGAGUGGAAGAAGGAAAAAUGCGCUUCGGGAUGUAUCGAUAGAUCUCGUGGGUAUCAAGCCAGGAAGCGACAGUGUACAAAUCCUCGACCCCUCAACACCGAUCGUGGCUGCGAAGGUCAUUCAUACGCCGUUGAUCUCUGCUCUGAUGAUCAUCUCUGUCGUCGUCGACGGACAAUUGAAGAUUUCGCCACGGCCAAGUGCAAGGAGUUCAGUCGAAAACUUCCGGAAUUGGACAAGAAAGCUCCCGGAAUGCAGGCUCCCCAUGAACCUGGUCGUCUUUGGAUGGGCUGUGCGAUCUUCUGCAAACGCACUGAUACUGGAGCCUACUACACCCCACGCCUUGAGCUCAAUGAUCUGGCAAUUGAUCCAUACUUCCCCGAUGGAACGUGGUGUCAUCGUGAAGGCGGAGAAGAUUUCUUCUGCCGUCAGCAUCACUGCCUUCCGGAGAGUUUUCAUCUCCAAAAGGGAGAUCCGUGGCUCUUUGGUGAAGAUUUUCUCCUCCCUGGCAAUGCUGCGCCAAAUUCCCGCGAAAUCAAUGAGAAUCUUCUUCUCUAUCAUUCCCUAAAUGCCAAUGGGCAUCCUCAGGUGAAGCAUCUUAAUCCCCAAGAUAUUCCCGAUUGGACAGAUGAUUCCAAUUGGAUGGAUAAUGAUUAUUUAGAUCUCAAUUUAAUUGCUCCGUAAAAAAUUCAAAGUAUGGAGCGAUGAUUGUCUUAAAUUUUAUUUAUUGUUUUAUUUUAUUUUAUUUUUAAUUAUUUGUAGAACAACUUUUUGGAUUAGAAUAGAAGAAAAAUUAAGAAAUUGGAUUUUCCAAAAUAAAAAAUUUUGGAAAAAUCAAAAAGGAAUUGAAAGUGAAAAUAAAUAAUAUUUUGAGAAUAUUAGAGAAUAAUUUUGAGAGUUCAAACGAAUAUUAGGAGCAUUUGACGAAUAUUUUUAAGUUAAAACGAAUAUUUAAAUUUUUUGUCGAUUAUUUUGAGAGCUGAAACGAAUAUUUAAAGAGUUUAGCCAGUUCAGGGAAUAUUUUGAAAGUUUUUGAAAUACUUUGGAUAUAACCGACGAAUAUUUAAAGAUUAAUUGUGAAUGUUGCGCUUGGGCUCCCAGGAAGUGCCGUAGAAAAAGAAAAAUCGUGAGAGAAAAACAAAAAUUUUCCCAAGCUUUCGGCAAAAACUGUCUGCCUUCAUCAGGGGGUCUGGAGGAGAAAUUUAUUGAACAAAAUAGAAAAAA